AUGUUCACAUGUUCAUCUUGUCAAAAAUCGUUCAGUCGUAAAGACAAUUUAAUUCGUCACUUAAAGAAUGCGUGCAAAAAAGUAAUUUGUAACAGCAGUGCAACAAAGGACUUAGUAGAAGAUUUUUUAACAAUUAUUGACAACAAGGCUGAUGAAUUCGCAGAAAAGGACUCUGGAUGGAUUUUACUAAAUCUUCUUUUUUUGGAGAUAAACAUCAACAAAUUCAAUCCUUUGAGAGCGUCAUCGUUUAUUCAACUUCCUCCCGAAAUAACACAACGUCAAGCUGUCGUCAACAUAAGAAAUAACGAUGACUACUGCUUCGCAUGGUACGUAGUUGCAGCCCUUCAUCCUCCAACAGGUGUUGAUUUUCAAACAUCAUCAAACCCACACUAUUCAACAGUUUUGAACACUACAGGUAUUGAUUUUCCAAUAACCUUAAGACAUUAAAAAUGUUGAAAAUCAAAACAAUAUUUCUAUCAAUGUGUACGGUUUAGAAAAAUAUUAUAAUAAAAUUUCUAAUAAUGAAGAAUAUGAAAUAAU